AUGUCUUGUUUUCCUGCUUGUUUGAGGGUCUUGUCAACCACUUCCAGAUUUUGUUGCUGCAUUCCCUUCUAUUGUAAAAAAAAAAUGUGUGUGAAGAAAUUUACAAUUAGAAAAGGGAAGGAGAAAGUUAGGUCGAUGUCCAGCAAUAGCAGUGACGUAUACGUGAUAGAAGAUUCGCAUUCCUCGUCAUCACCACGUGACUCUUCCUAUUCAUCCACAGCGGGCAGUGGUGCGGAUAUAGUAGGAAACCAGGCUGGCUUAACUCGAACUUCAGAUGCUAACGCUUGUAGCUUCGCACAGGCAUCGCGUAUGCAAAUUGACACGGGCACGAACACCGAGGAAAUUUUGGAAUCGGAUGCAAUUGGACGGUUGACCGGCGUUGUCGCCGAGCUCUUCCACUCAGUUACUGGUUCGACUUACCAAAACAAACUUUCACAAGGCGCUUGUAACGAUGUUGAGGGACAAAUAACUUCUUCUGGCAACCUCACACUUCUGAACCUGUCACAACGACUCUUGGAAUUGGCCAGGCGCCCACCGCCUUCAGGGCACGUGAAGGAAGCAUUGACGGACUCUUCUGCAGCCGCUUACAUGGAUGACGAACCGGAGUGGCUCGGCGCAAUCCAACAUUCCAUGGAGAGGACGCGCCAGGUUUUCAGUGAACUAGAUCUAACAGGUGCUAAAAUCGGGUUGAACACUGCAUUUGUUGCAACACCAACUUCUUCAGAGGCGGAUACUACCUACAGAGCUCCUUCCGGUAGACCUUUGUCCCUAGCGCCAGAACCGUUGCAAUGCGAAACAGAGGCGGUUGGUAAUAUUAAGGAAGAGUUAUGCAAACUACAGGAUAGCACGGCAGAGGUGCGGUUGGUGCUGAACAAAGAAGGUGUGGAUAGUAUUAUUCCUCUCUACAAUGAGUUGUUGGCUCUUCGAAGCGAACGAAGGCAAAAUGUUGUAAGUAGUGCGGAAGCCCUCAGGGCGUACCUCAUCACGCAGGAAGAAUGCUUCAAUCAGCGCCUGGUAGUUGCUGAGGGGCGUGAGUUACUUCUUUCCCGUGAAAUAAAUCGUAACUGUGCGGGCGGCGACGGGUCUACAAUUGAAACGCUGGCCCGGGACGUCGAAAAACUGUCGGAGUUGAGUCGAGAACUGAAGCGACUUCGUGACGAGCACCAAAGGCAUGCAGAGGGGCAGGGACUAUUUUAUCACAGUGUUUCGGAAACAGGCCCGGAGCGUAAGAGACAGAGAACGUCUGACGAAGGCUUUAAAACUCUAUUGGCGAGGCAGUUACAGGCGGAUGAACAAGUGGCGUCUCUACGCCGUGCAGCAGAGAGUUAUAAAAGCGAAGUAUUGGAAUGGAAGAGACGGUAUGAAUUGGCUGUGCGUUCGAUUGACAGACCGCAGGACAGUGCCGUGUUUAACUCGCUUUUGGAGGAGGUACGGAGGUCCCUGCUUCAGGAAACCAUGCAAAGGAGCAGCUCGCUGUGUCAACUUUUUGGAUGGAAACUGAUCAGCCUGGACGGUAACAGCGCCUCCAUUGCGUUGAUAGGGAACCCAGGCAUACAAUUGACCCUUCCUGUUUCCGAGUCUUUAAGUGACGAGCGCUCUUCACUUGCCACGGGAAUUGUGCUCGCGAGAAAGGUAAUGGAAAGCUGCAGUUUGGUGCGUGAGUCGCAACAAGGGUGUUGCGGGGUGCAGCAGGGGAGCAAUAGGGCUGAGGCGGGGGCACAGCAAGAGUCCACACAGGCAGAACUUUCCGGUGACGCUGAUAAUUGUGAGACGGCAAUUAAUGUCGCGGACGAAGUGUGUGAAGGUCUUGAUAAAGCGAGUGAUGUUGACGUGUGUGAGGAAGCAAAACCUGCGGAGACGGUAGAAGUGACUGAGGUAGAGGCGGAGCUGGCUGACAGUAAAGUUGAUGAGGCACCAGAUAAGCAUACAAUGAGUGAAGCGGGUGCCUUCUACAGUGGUGGAUUAUGGGAGGAGUGA